AGUUUUUAACACUAACGGAGGAGAUAAAACACAGAAAGCUUUAUUACACUGGAUAUCUUGAUGUGACGAAGAGUUCUACAGUUUAUGGCCACGUGGAAUUUCCCAACGCCUUUCCUGUGUUACAACUAGCUACCCGGCUACCAGACUUCAGAUUCAGAAUGUUUAGAAACAACAUGAUUAAUUGUAUUGUACAGCAUAUCGAAAAUACAACGAGCGAUAUAGGAGAACGUCUCGAGAGUUGUGAUUACACCAGCCCUAUGGAUCUGUUAGACCAACUGAGUAAAGUAAUAGACGACACAGCCACCGGUAUCGUCAAAUUCUUGGAGUUUAUCCAGUAUCCAUCGUUUUCGAAAAACUUCUCAGAAAGCGCCUUACGUCAUUGCGGAACCGAACUUGAUAUGAAACAGAACGAUCUGCAAAAAGAGGAAAUGAUUAAGAUUCAUAAAAAUUUAAUGAAAAGGAAAGAAAGUGCAUCAGAAAUAACUUUACAUUCGAUGGAUAAAUUACCAAAAGACAGUUUUAUUGGAACAAAGAAACUCGUUAAAAUAUUGUUAACGGAGACGAAAACUUUGGGGCAAAGUAUGAAAAAUCUAAUGUGCAAGACUUCUGAAGGGUGGCCAGAUCUUGUUAUUUGGUUAUUGAACGGUGGGAAUAGGGUAGGUUUUGCCAAAAUAUCCCCCGCAGAUAUUAUCUACUCGCCAAUACCAGAGCAAAGUGGCAAGCAUUGCGGUAAAAUACAAACAAUUUAUUUAAAGCCUUUGAAAUGUCCAAGACAUAUAAAUACAUUGCCAAGCAGUUGCUACUGUAUAGCGGCCAAAUUGGAACUGAUUACGUGGAUGGGAACAUUUCGAGACAAGUCAUCGUUUGAUAACUUUAUGCCACAAGGUUACAAAGUAAGAAUUAAGGAUCACGACAUGUGUGUGAGAGCGUCCACUAUGAUGGUUGAGUGUCGCGCCUUUGUGUACCGCGCUAAAAUAAAUGAAGCAAACGAUAGCACACCUACCCAUCCUUUUCUGCGAAUCAACUUUAUGAAUUCCGUUAAGGAAACUCAGGUUCGAGAGAAGACUACGACACCUGUAUGGAAUCAGGUGCUCAGGAUACACAGGAUUCAGUUUGCAAAUUCUCAUAGACUUAAUAUUAGUCCACCUACUGUUCUGGUAGAAGUGAAUAAUUGCGAUGUCGAGGACAAAAAUGAAUUGAUUGGCCGCUUCGAACUGACGCCUGUAGUUGACGACAGAGCAGACUAUGAAUACGCUCCGAAACUCAGAUGGUACAACAUGGCCAUUGGUGCAGAGGUGACUGGACAAGUUCUGAUGUCAGUACAAGUGUUGCAGGUUCCGGAAAAGUUAUUAAAGUCAACAACGUACAGCCCUAUCGAAGAAACUUUCUUUGCAUCUGGUGUUCGAGAUUUCGAUAACGUCGACGCUAUAGAACCUUUGCCAAAUACCCUUAUCCCAAAAUAUAGCACAUACAAGGUUGACAUAUACUGGUGGGGACUGAGAGACGUAACUGUUACUAGAAAACCAUGUGUUGUCCUUGAGAUUGAGGAUCUUACACUGAAAUCUGAUAUAAUACUAGACAAGAGGAAUAGUUGUAAUUUUCCUAACGGCAGAUGCUCGCAUACUUUCGAAGCACCACUAGACGAUACUCACUAUCCACCUCUUAACAUCCGAUUGUACGACAGCAGUACCUUUGGUAGAACUCUAUUCUUCGGCACAUAUGUUGUGCGAAACCCAAUGAAGUAUUAUGUAAACUGGUUACCUCAAGACGAAAGAGAAGCGUCGUUGAGAAGGGCAUCUAUAAUGUCUUCCAGUUUUACUGAAGUGAGACAAUCUUUGUACAUUAGAAAGAGUGGUCCAAUGAUAAAGGAAAGCAUCGAAACAUUUAGUAACAUUGCAAUACCUGUUAAGGCGCACGUCAAACCGAGAAAAUGGGGCAGAUUAUUUAGUAGGAGGGAACCGGACGAAGAAGAAUAUACACUAUUACCAAUGUUUACUAGUAAAGAGAAGAACGCUGUGAAAGAAGUACCAUCCACAGAACAUAAGGACUGGUGGAUGAGAUAUUUAUACUCACAACAGGAAGGUAUCGGUGAAGAUAAAGUAAAUGCGGGAGAUAAAAUCACUAUAUACGAUUCGGAGCUAGAGCUACAAUCAGGAUUCUCUAAAUUCAAAGACUGGUGUUCAACUCUCAAACUGUACAAUGGUAACAAAACAGGAAUUCCAGAGAAGGAUGAACAACUACACUGUGGUUAUCUUAAAGCUGGCAUUGCAAUAUACAAAUGGCCACCACCUUCAACAACUGUGGCCGUCAGUCCGUAUGGUGUAGAAUUAAAUAAAGGUUAUUUUAAUGACCAUCCAAAUAAUGAAGCGGCAACGUUUUUAGUACGAGUUUAUUUGGUGAAAGCUUUUAACUUGAUAUCAAAGGAUUUCACUGGUAAAACUAACCCUUACAUCGUAUUGACUUAUGGCAACAAGCAUGUCGGAGAUCGGAAUGAUCAUAUACCUAGAACACUAAAUCCUAUUUUCGGGAAAAUGAUUGAAUUUAGUUGCACCCUUCCAGAAGACUAUCUUUUGACUGUAGCACUCUAUGAUUACGAUGAAAACCAAUCUGACGAGAUGAUCGGCUCAACACAAAUCGAUUUAGAAGAUCGAGUCUUUACAAAACAUAGAGCACGAGUUGGUCUAUCAUUGGAGUAUAAUGUAAUGGGGCCAAAUAAGUGGCGUGAUUGCGUCAAACCUUCGGCUAUACUAGAAGAUUUGUGCCAAAAGAACUAUAUACCAUCACCAGUUUAUCCUGAUGCAACCACAGUUCUUGUGAAUGGGGUCGAAUAUAGAGACAAUGAAAGAGAGAAGGUUUAUGCAUCACCAGUGGAACGCAAAGAGAACAUCUGUCUAACACUGCUGCACAACUGGCAUACUUUGCCUAUUUGUGGAUAUCAGUUGGUCCCGGAACACGUGGAAACAAGAACUCUAUUCAAUACUUCAAAGCCGGGAUUUGAAAUGGGAAAGUUACAAAUGUGGAUAGACAUCUUUCCCCUGGACUCGAAUUUAAGUAUUCCAAGUCCAAUAGAUAUAACUCCAAGGAAAAUUGAAGACUUUGAAUUGAGAGCUGUUAUUUUAAAUGUUAAUGACUUGAAGUUUUAUGACAAUGAAAAGAAAAGAUCAACUGAUAUAUACGUGAGAGCCUGGAUCGGUUCAGUAGAACAAGUUCAACAUACAGAUGUCCACUCAUACUAUCAGAGUGGUGUAUGCAACUUCAACUGGCGUAUGAUAUUCAACUUUCAGUACCAACACGCCGAAGGAAAGUUAGUUAUAAAGGAAAAGGGACCAUUCAAUGAAGUUGAGGAGCGUAUCCCGCCAGUCUUGAUUGUACACGUGUUGGACGGUGAAAUGACAACGUCUGAUGAUUUUUUGGGCAAUGAAUUAGGUUCCCUUCACCUGAAUUUGAAUUGCAUGCCGCGUGGAGUAAAUCUUGCACAAAUGUGUACUUUGGAUACGAUGGACAAAGGCAAGAAAAUUAGCCUCUUUUCGUUGCAUACAUUACGAGCAUGGUGGCCUUUGAAGCUUAUUGAUAGAAAUACUGGAAACGACAAACCUGCCGGCUCUAUUGAACUGGAGUUGACUCUGUUGCCAAAAGAAACCGCAAUACUUAUGCCUCUUGGAAUUGGAAGGUCUUGCUCAUUUGUACCAACAAUAUGCACGGCAAAAAAGACAAGGUUCUCAAUGAUUUGUAAAAAACACGGUCCUAAAAAAAAGCGAACAAAUUGCUGUUGGCUUCUUAUAUUUUUAAUGUUCGUUGGAUUAAUUUCAUUGCUCUCAAUUUGUUUUAUUAAUUUACCCGAAAUCAUUUACGACAUGUUUGACUACUGAUAAAGUACAUAACAUUGAGGUACUAUUAAUGAAAUAUUUUAUCACUGAUUACUAUCAAUGAACAAAUUCAAUACAAACAUUUUGUUACAUAUUUCUACAUAAGAAAAGUAAACACUCUUCUUGUAAUUGUUUUCAAGUUUUUUGCUUCGUAACUUCUCUCAUUACGAAAUGUAAUACCUCUUAUCUUACAAAUUGUAUAAACUAUCGCACAACUGUUGUGCGAUUGUUUCUUAAUCGGUUAAUUGCAAAAUUAAAAAUUGAAUCGAGAUUAAACGGAUAUACGAUAGUUUAGUCAAAGGUUUGCGCACGCUUUUAAUAAUUUUAACAGCUAUGUUGUACAAAGGAGCUCUACAUACAAAUUUGUACCUUACAGUAGGUUUUCAUUGCCUCUUACAUAAAACAUUUUGUCAUAGUCCAUUGUCUUUGAAAAGUAUUGACAUAAUGUAACGGCCAGUCUAUAUUUACAGUUACAAUUAUGAAAUAUUAAACAUUUGUACUGGUUGUCACGAAUAAUGAUGUUACUGUUUGUAUAGUUGUAUAUUGAUAAAGCGCUCAUUGUGUCACCGUUCUAAUUAUUUUUAACUUUUACAUGGAUUUAAUUCGUAUAUUGUAGGUGAUAAAGUAGGUUUUUCCUUCCACAAAACAUAUUUUAUAAAUAUUUUAAUUUAUUAGU